ACGGGAGCGAGCUCAGCGUCGCCGACAGCAGAAUGAAGCGAGCCGACGAGGAGCGCGCACCGCACGAGCGAGCAGCUGAUAUUUCUAAACUUCACUUCACUUAAACAUAUUUUUAUUACGCUGGAAAAGAUACAAACACACAGGUGAGGAGCUCGGCUGAUGGAUGAGGAUGAGGAUGAUGUGCACAGGAAGGGUCUACGGCCCUGGCCUUCCUCCCAGGUUCAGUUAAAGCAGACAGAGACGGCCGGGAGACCCCCUGCAUCACCCAGCGUAAUGCUGCCCUGCCCAGUGCAUGUGGAGCACACACGCUUCUUCUACGGUAGCGCAGGAUUGUUGCUGCUGGCGCCGCGGAGCCGCUCUCGGUCUCCAGACGUGGUGCUCCGGCCGAGUCUGAGGAUGAUGGAGCGGGCGGCGCGGGCCGAGCGGAGCGUGGAGACCCUCAUCGGACAGAAGCUCCAGCUGAUCGGAGAUCAGUUCUAUCAGGAGCACAUGAUGCAUCACAGAAACCAAAGGAUCCGGGAGCCGCUGUGGAGGCGUGUGGCGAUGGCGGUCCACACCAUGGUUUUCGGCAGGUGAAACGCCUCUCAAACACAACCUGCCAUCCGUGUCCCAGUCCUCUUCACGGAGCGGGACGUUUAACAGCACUGUCUGCAAUCUAACACGGGUUUAGAGAGGACAAUCUGAGACUGAAACGAAGACGUCUCCGCAGGACGGGGACUGCUCUAACCUCUGUUUUCCAUGAAGAUGCCAUGAUGUUCUCCAGGAAUAUUUUCAUAAACAUGUCGAGGUAUUUUGUACAGGAUGCUGUUUGAUUUUCUUUGCACUUCCAUACGUGUAUAUAUACGACUGACCUCCACGAGUCUUGGGAACGCCUUACUGUCCCACGGCACCCAUCCACGGAUGAUAACGACGGGAUUUCUCCUUCAGAAAGCUUCCGAGACGUCCAGCAACUUGACAAAUCUCCAAAGAGGCCGUUUCUCUCAGAACAAAGCUUUUUGCACCUCCACCUCCACCUUUUUUAUUGCAUAAUUGUUGCUUUUUUUAUCGUUCUUCUUAUUUUUUUGGUUUGAAUGGUUGUUGGAUGAACAGGCGAGGAGGAUCUAGACGUCUUCGAUGAAGUCAAUGAUGAGUUGGUGUACUGCUGUUUUUAUUUGAUUUCAUAUCAACAGAAAUAUUACUGGAUUGGCUGUGUCGUUUGCUCUAAUUUCGUCAAAUAGUGAUGUUUCUUAUUGUCUACGUAUGAUUUUGUGGAGGAAAACUGUUAUCGGGGUAUUAUUUUAUUAUAUUAUUCACCCAAUUUUGGAAAACAUGAGAAUAAAUGUUGCAACGAUGUUGACUUCAAGUCUCACUCAGGUACUUGAAGGGACAGUUCCCCCAAAAAUGGUAAUUCUGUCAUCAUUUUCUCAAGUUGUUACGUGAUAAUGGAAGUCAAUGGGGACCAGAAAGAGUUUGGUUAACAAAAUUGCUCAAAAUACUUUAUUUUAUGCUCAACAGUAGAAAAAAAAUCAUCAUUAACUCACCCUUAAUUUGUUCCAAACCUGAAUGAGUUGCUGGUCCCCAUUGACUUCCAAAGUAAUUCCAUUCAAUGUAAGUCAAUGGGGACCAACAACUGUUGAGUUUUUAAGCAUUCUUCGAAAAUCAUUAUUUACUCACGCAUAAGUUGUUCCAUGAUGGAACCCACUGACUUCUUCAGCAUGGAAAAUAUGCAAUGGAAGUCAAUGGCUACCAUCAACAGUUUGGUUACCAAAAUUCUUCAAAAUAACUUAUUUUGCGUUUAACAGAAUAAAGAAAAAAAUCUUUCAUGUUUUACUCACUUGCACCAAUUUGUUCCAUGAUGGAACCCAUUGACUUCCAUAGUAUGGAAUUUAAAAAAAUACAAUGGAAGUCAAUGGCUACCAACAACUGUUUGGUUACCAACAAUAUUUCUAAAGAAUUUAUUUUGCAUUUAACAGAAUAAAUAAAUAAAAAUAUUUCAUGAUUUGCUCACUUGCACCAAGUUAUUCCAUGAUGGAACCCAUUGACUUCCAUAGUAUGGAAUAAAAAAAUACAAUGGAAAUUGUUCCAUCUUCAGUAUGGAAAAUAUGCAAUGGAAGUCAAUGGCUACCAUCAACAGUUUGGUUACCAAAAUUCUUAAAAGUAUAAAGAAAAAAAUAUUUCAUGAUUUGCUCACUUGCACCAAAUUGUUCCAUGAUGGAACCCAUUGACUUCCAUAGUAUGGAAUUUAAAAAAAUACAAUGUAAGUCAAUGGCUACCAUCAACAGUUUGGUAACCAAAAUUCUUCAAAAUAACUUAUUUUGCGUUUAACAGAAUAAAGAAAAAAAUCUUUCAUGUUUUAUUCACUUGCACCAAUUUGUUCCAUGAUGGAACCCAUUGACUUCCAUAGUAUGGAAUAAAAAAAAAAUACAAUGUAAGUCAAUGGCUACCGUCAACAGUUUGGUUACCAACAUUCUUCAGAUUAUCUUCUUUUAUGUUCAACAGAAGAAAUACACUUGGAAUGACGUGAGUAAAUGUUGACAGAAUUGUCCAUUUUGGAUGACCUGUCCCUUUAAAUCCACUAAAUCUAAAACAGCCAAUAGAUACAAACCAGUUUUGAGAUAUCAUGAUGUUUCUGUGCCUAUAACAUGAACAGAUCAACCUUGACUGUUUACACUCACAUACAGCAAACAUAUCAGAAGUCAUCACCUGAAACUGUUGAAGAUAAUCCGAGCAAUACUGUGUAAAUCUGUGAAGUUUUCUCCUCUCAGGACUCUCGCCGCUUUUGAUUUUUCAGUUUUAUUUGUACUUUUAUACCUGAUCCCUAAAGUUACGCUGGUGUACAUUUCUUUCUUCCUUUAGUUUUUUAUUAUUAUUAUUUAACCACUACUUUGUUCAAGACAUAAGGAAGAACGUCUUCUGAAAUUUGUUCGGACUGUAAUUAUUAUAUUUGAAGACACUGAUGCAUUCAAUGCUGUUCCUCUGAUUUGUUAUUUAGUUUUUUGUUCAUCUUGAAGGAGUGAGGCAUAUUUUUUGGUAAGAUUUUGGAUCAUAUUGAUGUUUCCGCCACCUCUGGAAUCAUGGAGUUCAUUAAUUUCAAAUCUGAGAUGAUGGUAGAAUGAUCAUAUGAAGGAAAAUUACUUUUUUAAUGAAACCACAUCGUUUUACUCUUUGAGAACAAUGUUGAUAAAAGUCAUCAUUCAUCAUUUAUUAGAACCAUGUCAAAUGUUGAUUUAAAAUCCACUCACAUUCAGCUCAUAUUUCACCUAAAAAUCUAAAGGAAUAACUUGCUUUUUGCAUUUAAACAUAUUUUUUGGACCUUUUAGUUUAGAUUACUACAUUUGUAAAGUUCUUUUAAAUUUUCUACCACCGUUUAAUUUAUGCUUUUAAUAUUUCUAAUUGUAUUUUAAUUUUUCUUGUGUUGCUUGGUCCCUAUUUUAGAUGGGGAUUAAUGUAAUGCAUUGAUUAUUUUAUAAUAUUUUUUGAAAACCUAAAUUUUUCUAAACUAUUAGUCAUUUUGGAAUUAUCUCACAAUUCCGACUUUUCUUCUUAGAGUCGUAAGUUUAUCGCUAGAUGGAGUUAGAUGGGGAGUAAUGCAAGACAUUAUUUGAAUUGUGAGAUGCAAUUACAUUUUUUAUUUUAUUAUUCUGUGGUGGGAAAAAUAAACAAUUGCAAGAUGUAUCCUCAGAAUUCUGAGAAAAAAAGUACAAAAUAUGAGUUUAUUUCUUGCAAAUCUUUUUUUUUUUUUAAAUGGGUAGUAAUUUGACAUUGAUUUCUUAAAUUAUAUUUAAAAAAUCUAGAUUUUCAUUAUAUAUAUAGUAUCAAAUUAAAUAGAAAACAUUCUUAAUUGUCAUGUAAAUGAUGCCAUUGUCACAAUGCAAAGUAAUCCAAAAUUAGCCAAUCUUAAAAAUGGUUUUCAGUUUCUGUUGAAAACUUCAAACUUCAGAUUUUGAGGUGAAAUGUGGCUGUGUUGUAAAUGUACUGGGCUGGUUCAUCAGUACGGUUCAGGUUCAGGUUCCAGUUCAGGUUCCGGUUCAGGUCCAGGUUCCGGUUCAGGUUCAGGUUGGUUCUCUGAGGCGGAGGCCGCGGCUGCAUGAUUGUCGAAUGUUGCGUGAGCUGAACGUGUGUUUCCUGCAGAUUGUGAACGCUGAGCCAGCACCGCAGGUUCUCCUGCCUCAUCCAGCCGAUCACACAUGUGCACUCCUCCACUUUCCUUCAUGAUGUUUUUAAUGUGUUUUCUUUUAUUUAUUUUGUUUCUCUCUUUUUGUAAAUCGGCCUGUUGCUACUGUAUACAUUUUAUUGUGCAAUUCUCUUGUUUCUAUGCCUCGAUACUGAUGUUUUGUUGUACAUUUCUGGUGUUCGUUGUGUUGCUGCAGCAGGUUUAAGAUGCUCUGUGAUUUUAAUCUGUUGUUUUGGUGUCUCUCAAAUCAACAAAGUGCCAUCAGAUGAACUGAGUAUCAGGAAAGACUUUGUGUGUCAUCAGCUGAUUUUUUGUGAAAACAUUUCCAGGUUGUAUUUCACUCCAAAAUCCACUAGAAAAUUCUCCAUUAUUAAUUUUACGAUUUUCAUAACAGUUAACCACCUUCAAAUUCUCAUUAGUGUUGUGAAACAUUUUAUUUUUGGGUUUGUUUGUAAUUGUUUUUGGGGUGAAAUACGUAGAAGCUUAAUUCCGCCACGGGAUAAAAAAAAGUAUUUGCGACUUUUUAUCUCAACAUUUUUAUUAACUCAAAUUGUAAGUUCAUAUCAACCAGUGUUAUUUUUUUUUUUGUGCAAUUCUAAGAUACAUCUCAUAAUUCUAACUUUUUUUUUCGCAGUUGGUUUAUAUCUAGCAAUUGUUUCACAUUUUUCUUUUUUUCACGCAAUUAUGACUUUUCUGCACAAAUCUGAGUUUAUAAUGUAAUUCUGACAUUUUUCACGCAGCUCUUACAUCAUAUGUCACAAUUCUGACUUUUUUGCAUAAUUCCAAAUUUAUGUUGUGAUUCUGAAUUAUUUGUGCAAUUUUUACUUUUCUACAGUUUAUAUCUCACAAUGUGGAUGUUUUUCACACAAUUCUGACUUUAUAUCUCUUAAUUUGACUUUUUCACGCAAUUCAAAGUUUAUAUUUCUUAUUCUGACUUUUUUGUGCAAUUGAUUUAUAUCUCGCAAUUCUGACAUUUUUCACACAACUCUAAAAUUUUCUGCACAAAUCUGAGUUUAAAUCUCACACAUCUGACUUUUUUUUCUACGCAAUUUUGACUUAAUAUCUUUAUAUUCUGACUUUUUCACGCAAUUCUGAGUUUAUGUCUUUGCAGUUCUGACUUUUAUGCGCAAUUCUGAGUUCAGAGAGAUUUGAAGAAUUACAUCUCAGAAUUACGAGAUAUAAAGUAAAAAUACAAUGUAAACAAAAAAUUCAUAGAAAAGUCAUAAUUGUGGGAUAAAAUGUCACAGUUAUCUUUUUUUAUUCCGUCGUAGGACAUCUUUUGAUUCUGACUUCUCAGAAUGACUAGACAUUUUUAUGUAUUUAUUUUUUAUCCUGUGACGAAAACAAACUUCCAUAGAAAUUUGACCUGACUGUGUUCCUGAUAUACUCAAUCUUAUUUUGUUUGUGUGUGUGUGUGUGUGUGUGUGUGUGCGAAACUAAUGAUGAAUUCUGCGAUAUCUUAAAGAUCUGACUCAGAAUCAUUGCAUGAAAUUAAAAUGCAGGAGGCUUUGAAGACAAGCGCAGUGGAUGCAGGAUGUUGUGAAGUGCUUUAUCUCUGAUCCUGUUUUCUGUUUUACAUGCACUGGAAAGUACUUUGUGUUUGAUUGAAUAUCAAGGGUUCUUGUAUCCCAGUGUUAUUGUCUCUCUAACAUAUCUCUCUUCUGAAGUUCUUGAGAUAUCAGGAAUAUGUUUUUGAAUCUCUAUAUCGUUUUUUUGGCAUCUGACAAUGUGUUUUUGACUCAAAGGGUAACAUGCACACCGUGCUGCCCAGUAUUAACCCAUGAUGAUACCAACAGUGUCUUUAAAUAUGCUUCAAUCCUUCAUUGUUUUCUUGACAUUGACUGUAAUUGUUGGGGCUCAUUGGUUUGGGUUUCUAAAAUGGAUUUUCUGAAAGGCAGAUGUUUUUAACUUUGAAAUUUGAUUAAAUGUUCCCCAAUGAAUGAUUUCAAACUGCGAUCAAGGGCUUUUUAAUCUUCAAAACGACUUGAAACAUUCCUUGAGAGUCCAAAAUGAAUUUAAUUCUUCGUUUAAGAUAUUUUACCAUCUUAAAAUCCAUUCUGCAGAUCUGACCUCACCAUUUUUCCAUCCAGGCCUUUAUAUACCGUAUAUCCGCCAGCUGAUGGCUUCUAUUGAAAUGAUCCCAUUGGGAAAGACAUUGAUUGUCUAUCUGAGGUCUUGACGUUCACACACACUCCCUGUUCACCGAGAAACGAGACCCAGCGAUGAUGUAGCAUGUGUGUAAACAUUGACUGUGUCUUUGGGACUGUACUGUGCACUUCCUCACAAUGGUUUGGUUUCUCUCAUGUUUUUAAUACAGUAUGGAAGUUUUAGGUUUUGUUAUUUAGUGCAAUAUGCUGUACAUAAGAGCUUUGCUCUACGAAAUACUUUUCUGAAUUUUUUUGGGUUGUUUUAUUGGUACACUUUUUUUCAAUAAAACUAUUAAAGACAA